GUACGGGAAGUCGGAGGGGAAAUCGUCGACAAUCCGCGGAAAUCAUCAACAAGACUAUUUUCAUUUACUUAGCUAGCUAACCUUCUGUCAACUCCUACUUCCCCCCCUCGUCCCACAAUCUGUCGAACCGACACAUUUGGCGAUGUCGGAAUCCUACGAUUUCCUGUUUAAAUUCCUUGUGAUUGGAAAUGCUGGAACAGGAAAAUCCUGUCUGCUGCACCAGUUCAUAGAAAAGCGAUUUAAAGAUGAAUCCAACCACACGAUCGGAGUGGAAUUUGGGUCCAAGAUCCUCAGUGUGGUCAAUAAAAUGGUCAAACUGCAGAUUUGGGACACGGCAGGACAAGAACGGUUCAGGUCUGUAACCAGGAGUUACUACAGAGGAGCAGCAGGAGCGCUGCUGGUCUAUGAUAUUACCAGUCGAGAGACAUACAACGCUCUGACCACAUGGUUGAGCGAUGCCAGGAUGCUCGCCAGUCAGAACAUCGUCAUCAUCCUGUGUGGAAACAAGAAGGACCUGGACAGUGACAGAGAGGUGACGUUCCUGGAGGCUUCACGUUUUGCUCAGGAGAAUGAGUUGAUGUUCCUGGAGACCAGUGCUCUAACAGGGGAGAACGUUGAGGAGGCUUUUGUUCAGUGCGCGCGGAAAAUUCUCAACAAGAUAGAGUCAGGAGAGCUGGAUCCAGAGAGGAUGGGAUCAGGUAUCCAGUACGGCGACGCCGCUUUGCGACAGCUCCGUUCUCCUCGUCGUGCUCAGCCGCAGGGCACACAGGAGUGUGGCUGUUAGUGGACGUGUAGUGUAACAUACACAGACAAGUGUGGUUCAGACAGGUUUGUGAGGACCAGGAGAAGAAUAGCCAUGUGGACCCUGGGUUUAGGUUGCGUUGCUGGUGACUACUCUCUGACCUUUUGAUCCUUGACCUUCGCACGGACCUUUGAGAACCUUUGUUGUCAUGGCCUGUACCUGCAGAGAGCCACGCCCCCUCUCAGACCUCUGAGCAUCUCCAAGGUAACCAGAGACCACCCACCUCCAGCAAACUGCUCCACUAUUGGACCAAACCCACCCAGCACCUCCAAUCAGAAUAAUGAAUCACUGACACUUCUCUCCUCCUCCUACCUUUCUACUCAUCUACCCUGACCUGCUAACUCCCAGCUCUCAACGUUUUUGUCUUUUAAAUUUGGGUUUGAAUUAAAUAAAACUAAAUGUAAUGGUCAUGAUGUAGUCAGCUGUAAAGGUCAUGGCAGGUGGAUAUUUAGAAUUUAGGAGUGAAGUAGGCUAGCUUCUUUCAAACCAUAGUUGAGGCCGUGUUCUAGGGCUAGAACACGAUAAGAGAUCACAACGUGAUUGGUUGUACACUCUCCUUCGUCGUUUUUAAUGACGGUUUGCAACCAGCGUUAUCGGCACCUUCUGCUCCUGAGGUUUCCCAUUCCUUUGACAGUAUGUGCUGGAUAUUAAAAUGUGCUUGAAGAGCGAAAGAAGUGAGGUAGAUGUAGUGAUUUUUUUUUUAAAAACAAAAUAUUGUUUGUUUUGCUAGGUUCAAAAAAGUUGUUGUUUCAUGGUAACUUAAGUGUGCAACGACAAUGAACCCUAACCAUAACCACAACCCUAAGCGUAACACGAUUUAAAUUAAAUGCAGCAUUUAAAUGCUUUAAAAGUGUCAAAUCAACGAAAAUAUGUGAGAUGUUACGUAGUUGCCCGUCAUCUUUGGAAUUCCAGAUGCCGUCACAAUAAGCAUUCACAAGCAGUGAACUAAUGAAGUUCUUAUGUUCUCAGCUUCAGACACACCUCUCUCUUUCCCCUACUCUCAUUCUUUAUGCUAAGCCAAAUAUGAAGUAUCGUUUUUCCUCGAAAAAGAAUUCUCCAAAAUGUUGAACUGUUGAAACCCUUUCUUCCUACCACUCUCUUUCUCCAUCCACCUACUCUGAUUGCUUGUCAACUUCCUGCUCACCUUCUCAUGCAUUUUGCACUUCCCGUUUGCCUAUUUCACUCCUUUCUCAUGUAGUUUCUCUCCCACUAAAGUCCCCUUGGCAAUGCAGAGGCUAUAAUACACUUCAUCAGUUCAGUUAGCCUCAUGCACUCCAUGCCGACUUUUCUUACAUUUAGUUUUUACAUCCCAUCAUGCUCUCUGUUACAUUGCUACACAUCUUACCUGUCUCAGCCCUCUGCCUCUCUCCUCCUAUUCCCCUGCAGCAUCUUACACACUGUGCAGUGUUUCUGUAUAUAGAGACUGACGCAUGUUUUCUCAAACAGAAUAUCAGAGUAUUUCAUUAUGAAGAGAUAUAAUAUGUAUAUUAUGGUAGAUAUCAUAUUGAGUAUCACGUUCAUGCACCAGUGUAUUAUUAUUAUGGCAACCUACAGUACACUGGGAACUUGUGAGCAGUGUACAUUGACAGUGCAGCAAUUAUGUUUAUGUGUAAAUGUAGAUGACAUCAUGGACUAACACAUUUUAUGUGUUAAAAUUCUGUUUCAUCUUUGUUCAAGAUCAUAGACCCCUGCCCCCCCCCCCCAAAAAAAAAACAAAAAAAAACAGACAGAGGCAACCUGAAAUGUUCUGAGCAGACAUUUGGUUUUCUAUUCUUGGUCAUUUAAAGCAUUUGUACUGUAAAAAAAAAUAGAUGUCAACUUUUAAUUCAUGGUGGCACAUUGAGCAUUCACCAUUCACCUACACAGUAAAUGUUGCCUGUUUACAUGAAUAUCUGACUGACGGCUGCCAGCUGUCAUAAAAUACUAACUGAAUGCUUUGAGCAAUGGUGUGAAGUUAUCUGCCGUGUGAUUGAAUAUUAUUUUAUUUUGUCUCCAAAGAUAUUUUCUGUCUCUUGUUUUAAACUUGGAAACUUAAAAAAAACACAAAUACACAUUUUGGUGGUCAUAUAGACGUGUGUUUUGUAAAAGUGUAUACAAGCAUACCAUUUAUUGUUUUUAUUAUUUCAUCAUUUAAAAAGAAAUAUGCUGCCCCGCAAAAAUUAUGCAUUACACUUUUAAAUUACAUUACACUACAAACUAUAUCAUAAAUAAAUAAUAAUUUCUGAUUAGAAUAUCCUCAUGUGUUUGAUAGUGGUUUUGGCUGCUCCAAAGCAGGUUGCUGUCUUGUGUUUAUGUCCUCAAGUCCUUUUGUUUAUAUUUAUGUCUGUCUGUUUUUCUCUUGUCAUUAUGAAUAUCAUGGACUUUUUAAUUUAUUGUGUAUGAUAAAAGCAUAUGUUUUUAAAAAUGAAUGACUAUAAAUAAAGCAUCUCCUUUGAAAAGCUGA